AUGUCUCUAAAUACCGCUCACGCGGAUCACGGCGUUUUAAUACAUGCUGGGGAAUGUAUUAUAAUAUUUUCUGAUAAUGUCACUGUGGAAUUCUAUGGUAAUGACACAGCUGAAUUUAAGGGAACUAAAACUGGUCGCAUGUAUCUAACUACUCAUCGUAUGAUAUAUAAUUCCAAAAAUACUUCUGAUACCAUGAGAUCUUUUAGUUUUCCUUUUAUAGCUCUCCAAGAUGUAACAGUGGAGCAACCAAUGUUUUCUGCAAAUUACAUUAAAGGGAAAGUUAGGGCACAGCCCAAUGGUAAUUUUAUUGGAGAAGUUAAAUUCAAAUUGACUUUUAAAUCUGGAGGAGCUAUUGAGUUUGGUCAAGCUAUGCUUAAAGCUGCUCAUUUGGCCUCGCGACAUGCUGCCCCAGAUGCUCCUCCGCCACCUUACGUUCCUCCCACUGGUCCCUGGUAUGCUGCACCUCCACCUGCGUAUGCCCCACCACCACAAGGCUACUAUGGCUGGGUUCCACCUUACAGUGCUUUCCCGGAUCAACCAGCGCCCAACUCUGUAUUCGUAUCGAACAAUCCCCCGCCGUAUCCAGGCGUCGCUGGUGCUACCUAUCCUGUUGGUCCUGGCUUCUCGGGUGUGGGUAGUCCAACUGGGGCCCCGCCUGGUUAUCCUGGCAAUGCUGGUGCCUCGCCCCCCGGUUAUCCGGGCAACGCAACUGCACCUCCCCCAGGAUAUCCGGGAGGAUUUUCUGCCCCCGGAGCACCAUCUGGCAUGUCCGCACGAGAUGCGAAAGCUGCGGAAGCGGCUCAAAGUGCUUACUACGAUCCUAACCAACCACAGACAGCUUAUGUCCCACCUCCUUACAACGAUCAACCGCCGACGUAUCAGGAGUCUACAUCGAAGAAAGAAAAC